CGCGCUUUGUUGCUACGAACUGUUUUUCCGAGUGUUCCCUUGUCUUCAUCUGUUUUUGAUACAGCAACGGUACGAUAAUUUUUUAACAAUGUGUUCGGUUACUGAUCCCCUGAGGCUGAAUGACAAUCCGUUAUUCAAAGAACUGAAAGAUGGAUUACCCAAAAGUGAAAAGGAGACGAUGAAUAUUCUUGAAAUUCGUGACGAUAUUCUGUACGUUUGGAAUCCAGACAAGUGUUGUGUUUUUACCCUCAAUGUCGCCGCUACUCGAGGAAAAACCGGUGAAGCAGUUCCAUUUCAAACACUGAAGCCAACAGAUCCACCAAUAUUCGAAAUCACAAAUUUGCUGAUCAACGAAACCGCCACUCAACUUGCAAUCUGGGGAAAUCUUGGAAUAGUCGUAGUCGAAUUGCCAAGGAGAUGGGGCAAAGACAACGCCUUCCAAGAUGGCAAGAAAGAGAUUUCUUGUGUGAAUUACAAUUUGACGGGAUAUAGCUCACAGUUGGCAUCUACUGAAGUCAGGAGAGUCAGGUGGCAUCCGGGAUCUCCCAAUAAUUCACAUUUACUUGUUCUUACAUCGGAAAAUACUUUUCAAUUAUACGAAUGUGAGAUCGGUGAAACUCCGAAAUUAAUUAGAAAUUGGAAAGUUGGACCGACACCACCCAUCUCAUCUACGAAGUUUAUCGCCAAUGUUGAAUCAUUGGGGGAGACUGCUGUAGAUUUUGAUUUCGCAACACCGACCAUGAAAUUUGAUGAUGAUUACAAUGGCAAUGGCAAUGGCAGCUGGCAUAAAAUUCAGUGGCCCAUUCUAGUGCUCCGUGGAGAUGGUGAUAUUCUGAUGGUUCAUGGUAACAUUCUCUCUGGCAGUUUGACGAAACCAGAUGUUCUGGGUGCAUUGUCUAUGUACCCACCAGCUGCUGACAACUACGGAUUGGAUUCCUGUUCAAUAAUGUGCAUUCCAACGACUCCCCCUGUUGUUGUUAUUGCGACAACCACGGGGAAGCUCUACCAUGCACUUUUGAUGCGCGAACCUGAAAGGGACGGUGACGAUGAAAAGACUUGGUCUCAGUACGGGUCCACGUAUAGUCUGCACACGCCAGAUGAUGCAUUGUUUGUUUUUGAAGAAGUUGAAAUGGAGCUUGGACUAUUAUUCACUGCUACAGACAAGAAAUACAGGUGCCCAAUUAAUCUGCACCGCGACAAGGGGAAUAAAUUGAGGUAUUUUUGCUCACACAAUGCAGGAAUUCACAUGGUAACAGUGACAAUGAUAACACAAUUGGAGGAAUAUCUCAAUGCCAAUGAAGAAAAUGCGGAUCUCAGUUUACCCAGUUCUCUCCUCCCGUCAAGCAUUCAAUAUUUACUGUGCACAAGAACAAAAUACUCAGGGAAUAAAGAAGCAACUCCUGUCCUUGGAUUCGGAUUGCUCCAGCAGCCUUGUUCACUAUUAAUUGCACUGCUUCAUUCCGGGAUUAUUGUUGACUUAUCCGUAGUUGACAGGGAUUACCUUCCGAAUGUUGAUUGUCGAGAACCAGCAGUCAGUUCGAGUAAAAAGGUGACCAGAGAGCCAUUCGACAUUUACAUUGCAAAUCUUUUAAAACAUGAUUCAGCAUCUCAACCAAUCACCAAACUUGGCACAACGAAACUCUCUGGAAAAGAAUACUUGGAGCUUUUAUAUCGAGCAACUCAUCUAUUUCGUACCAAUCACUUCAUCAAGCACGAUAAAGUACGAGCAGAAAUUGCUAAAAAAGUUCGGGUCUUGAAGGAUUUGAAGAAUCAUCAACUGACGGAACUCGAUAAUUUAACGGAAACAAGAAAACAUUUGCACGGAAAAGCUGAGCAAUUGGCUGAACGUUACGAGGAUAUCAAAGAUAAGCAAGAAGACCUGGCUAAGAGGGCUGAAGAGGUCUUACGUCUAGUGAAUUACAAAGAAUUAUCCACGGCUGAAAGGGCUGAUGCGACACAACUGAAGGACUUGAACCAAAAAGUAUCAAAGGAACUGGCUUUUCGGCUAGAUAAAUUGAAAAAGAAAGUGGAACAACAGAGGAUGCAUAUGGAGGCCUUCAAAAGAGAGGAGAAGAAAAAUUCUUAUGUUCUUAGCGCGAAACAAGAAGAAGCUAUCAAAAGUAAUAUUGGACAAAUGGGAAAGAGCAUCGCCAACAUGAUUGCUCAAGUAAAGGCUUUCGAAGAUGAACUAGAUAUUUAAAUAAUCUCCCUUUAUUCAUGUUUUAUUGAAGUUAUUGAAAAUAACCUGGAAUUUCUUUCGUAAUAAAUAAUUACAUUUUCAUUUUCACAUACAUGUAAUUGAUCAAUUAUUUUCCAAUCAUUAAAAAAGUAUCAUAAUUAUCUGAUAAUUUAAUUUUAUGAUAUAAAUGAUCAAGGCGAAAAUCACGAUGUUAAAUAACGUCCUAGUUAUUUUUUUAAUUUUAUUGUUAAUUGUAUACCGAUGUAUCGGUGGACUGUUACAUUUUCCAUGCAAAAAGAAAGAAAAGCUCUUUGUAUCAAUCACCCUACUGGAGAAUGGGACUUUAUAAAAAUAAAUCAAAAAUAAAUCAGAAUCAAUUUUUCAAUACUCAAUAAACAUCAGAAAAUUGUAAAUAAAAAAAAUUAUCAUUUAAAAAA